AUUUAUGCGCAGAGCCAGCCAAAAAUUUUUUCUGUCUACGUGUAGAGUGUAGAAGAUGUAUUUGUUCCGGUGAUUUCGGAAAAUAAAAGUAAUUCGUGGCUCGAUCAGUUUUGGAAAAUUUGAUGAAAAACAGUAAUAAUUAUGUAUCUUCUUUGUAAAGUACUUGUGCUUUCGUUCGUAGUUGGGGCGUUCACCGACGAGCACAAUCACAUUUAUGAAGAUAAUGAAGAGGUAGUGCUAUGGAUGAAUACUGUUGGACCCUACCAUAAUAGGCAAGAGACAUACGCAUACUUCUCUCUACCAUUUUGUAUUGGAUCCAAAGAUACUAUCAGCCAUUACCAUGAAACACUAAGCGAGGCACUCCAAGGGGUAGAACUUGAAUUCAGUGGAAUAGAAAUUGAAUUUAAAAUUAAUAUGUCUAGAGGAGAUUACUGUGCUGUACAACUUGAUGAAGAAAAAUACAAAGCGUUUGUAUAUGCAGUGAAGAACCAUUAUUGGUACCAAAUGUACAUCGACGACCUGCCCAUAUGGGGUGUAGUUGGAGAAAUGAAGGACAACAGCUACUACAUUUGGACUCACAAGAAGUUUGAAAUUGGUUACAAUGGCAAACAAAUCAUCGAUGUUAAUCUCACAUCGGAAGAAAAAGUUGAGUUGAAACCUACUACCCAGUUAAAGUUUACGUAUGAAGUUAUUUGGAAGAAAACAAAUAUUAAGUUUGAGGAUAGAUUUGACAAGUACUUGGACCAUAAUUUCUUUCAACAUAGGAUUCAUUGGUUCAGUAUAUUUAACAGCUUCAUGAUGGUAAUAUUCUUAGUCGGUUUGGUAUCAAUGAUCCUUAUGAGAACACUUAGGAAAGAUUAUGCUAGAUACAGCAAGGAUGAAGACAUAGAUGACAUGGAACGUGAUUUGGGAGACGAAUAUGGUUGGAAACAAGUACACGGGGAUGUUUUCCGUCCAGCGUCACAUUCUCUCUUCUUUUCCGCUUUGAUUGGUGCAGGUCAUCAAUUGACAACUGUUGUAUUUAGCGUUAUUGUAUUCGCCAUAAUGGGAGAACUGUACACAGAGCGAGGAUCUUUAUUAUCAACGUCGAUCUUUGUAUAUGCCGUUACAUCGCCAAUAAAUGGAUAUUUUGGUGGAUCUCUAUAUGCUAGGAUGGGCGGAAAAGUAUGGAUUAGACAAAUGAUCGUCUCAGCUUUCAUGCUACCAGCUUUCGUAUGCGGUACUGCCUUCUUCAUCAACUUCAUCGCCAUUUAUUAUCACGCUUCUAGAGCCAUACCGUUUGGUACGAUGGUGGCCGUGACAUGUAUCUGCUUGUUCGUCAUUCUACCACUUACACUUGUUGGUACAGUUUUGGGAAGAAAUUUGGCUGGCCAACCAGACUACCCUUGUCGUAUUAACGCUGUACCGAGACCCAUUCCGGAAAAGAAGUGGUUUAUGGAACCAGGCGUUAUCAUUCUACUGGGAGGAGUACUGCCGUUUGCCAGUAUCUUCAUAGAAAUGUACUUCAUCUUCACGUCUUUCUGGGCCUACAAAAUAUACUAUGUAUAUGGUUUUAUGCUGUUAGUUUUCAUUAUAUUAAUGAUUGUAACAGUUUGUGUGACCAUUGUUUGCACUUACUUCCUUCUUAAUGCUGAAGACUAUCGCUGGCAAUGGACUUCUUUCCUGGCUGCUGCUUCUACGUCCGCUUAUGUAUACGUAUACGCCAUAUACUACUUCUUCUUCAAAACUAAGAUGUAUGGACUGUUCCAGACAACCUUUUACUUUGGUUACAUGGCUCUCUUCAGUGGAGCUCUGGGCAUUAUGUGUGGUACUGUAGGAUACAUUGGAACGAGUAUAUUUGUAAGGAAAAUAUACUCUAUUGUUAAAAUUGACUGAUGUUGUUGUGACCAUUUUUGUAAAUAGGUGCAUUUUUCGUUAUUUAACUGUUCACAAUGUCUUUCACAUUAAACGAUGUUUUUACUUUUAUUUGAUAAUAAAGUUCCUAUAAAUGGUUAACGUGUAGUUCAGUGUAUGAUAGGUUAAGUUUCUUAUCGAAUAUAAAACUGUGUAGAGUAUCAGUAAAUAUUGUGUUAAAUGUAAACUCUGACCUGUAUAUAGUCCAUCAGAUACCAUACGAAAACGAGUAAGUAGAGGCUAGUGAUUUUCUGAGCAUUUGGGGGAACUUUGUAUCCAUAAUUUUCAUAUCUUUUUUUAUUGUGAAAGACAUUCACUUACAGCGAGUAUGCUAUCCAAAAAUAAUUUGUGACAGUAGGGAUCUGUCAUUUCUUAUGUCAUUGAAUAAUUUAAUUUAACUGUCAUUAAUAAAACAGUAUGAAUGA